AUGCGCAGAGUAAAUCCCAGCAAAUCAUCGUUGCCAAGGUGUCCGACGCGGGGUCGUAUUGGGGGUAAGAAACUGCAAGCGGACGAAGCACUAGCUCAGCGAGUUGCGUGUUCGUGGUUUAGCGGUAGCCCGAAGAUUGAACAGCAUGUGGCGAGGGCAAUGAAAUUAAUAGAAGAAAGCUCGACCACAGUGGGUGAUCAUCAUGCAACUGGGACUUUGCCCCCAUCUCUACAUCCACCAGUACGACAGAGUAGCGGAACAAGAUCUAUACUGCCCUCGCCCGGCGAGUAUAGUAGUGCGUCUGGCGAGGGGAACUCGUGCUCUGGCACUACGUCGUGUUGCAGUCAGGAUGUUAACAGAGAUAGCAGAUUUUUGCAACCUUUAUGAUUGAAACUUGUUUUCAAGUUGAAGUACAGUUACAACGCGGGUGUACUUGAUUUAGAAGACUUCUGAAGAACUAGAUGCACCACUGACUUCUGAAACGGAACAAAGAGGCAGCAUAUCCCUGCUUAGCGAAAUCAAGCCAUCUGCUCUAAGUCCAAUUGGCGACGAAGCACCUGUAAACGAACCGUCUUCAGAGCUACUGCCCGAGCACGAGGCUAAUAUGCUGGAUGAUGGUCAUGGAGUCCCACCGAUGCUUUUUAGAACUGACCAGCACGAAGGAACUAGUAAUUUUGGCACUCCUCGCGAUGGUGCUGUGCAGAGGGAGCAGUAUUUCUCGGACGAACCAGAUGAUUGCAACAUGUUAGAUCGUUUCGAUGAGCACAACAUGUUGGGAGUACAAGAAAAGUUCCAUUCCACCACAACAUGCACAACACAUUGGGGUCGUAGUGUGAUGAGCUGCCAUCCACCUGAAGUGACAGUUUGUUUCGAAACGCGCUUGUUGUGCAACAAACUGGGCAAGGUCUUGGAAGUCAUUCUCACUACGAUAUGAUUGGUGUUUUUCAUUCUCACUACAAUAAGAAUGGCGUUUUCUGUCCACAUAUCAUCCCACCUCCUACCUCUCCUUUCACAUUUUGGUAACCACAUACCUAUUUCCUUGGAUACACCAUGGCUUAAUCCCACUCAGUCGAAAGCUAACUGUUGUUUACCUGAUCAUGAGCUCAACCCUCUUUCAUACCCCAGCGUAAUCGUGACCAUUUUAGGACUCGCGCCUUUGUUGUCCUAUGA